AUGUCCGAGUCUUCCACGCCAGCGAGAAAGUUGGUUCUGAGCACUCUUCUUGAAACGGAUCACUACGAAAGCCUAAUUAAGGAUUUGACCUGUACAAAAUGUAACCGAUACAUGAAGCCGCCAAUAUACUUGUGUAUUGACGGUCAUAGUAUAUGUGGGCCCUGCUAUGAGAAAAGCUAUGAAUGUCAUGUAUGUAAGAAAGAGUUCGCGCUCAUUCGGCCUCAAGUUCUAGAGUCGUUAGCGAACAAAGUUCUCUUCCCUUGCACUAACAAGGGGUGUCCAAAACAUGCAAAUCUUCCAGCCCUCGAGCAGCACACGGCACACUGUCAGUACAGAAUCAUAAACUGUUUUAUGUCUAGAGUUUAUGGUGACUGCCAGUGGGAAGGUAGAGCUGGUGAAUGGAUGGGACACUGCUUCUCCGAUCAUAAGACAAAAGUGACAGAGCUUCCCUUUAUAACAGUAAAAGACAAGUGGAACGGGAAGCGCAAAGAACCCGUCUUGAAUUAUUUCUUACUGAAGUGUUAUGAUAAGAUAUUCAACGUAUAUCAAAUUUAUGAUAAGCGAGGUAGAAUGAUGUGGACUGUGCUUGUAAAUGAGGACCAAGCUGAUAGAUUCUACUUCGAAGUCGAUAUAUUUCUACCGAAUUUCCCAAGCAAGAGAAUCAUCUACAGGCGACCCUGCAAAUGCGAGAAGGACGCUGAUUUCCUCGAACACACUCAAAACAUAUACAUUCCGAUUGAAAAUAUUUUCUCGAUGUUGGACGAGAGUGAAUCCAUGAAUUUCACAGUUCGGAUCGGUGAGGUAGAAAACCUGCCCCUCCAAGACACCCCAUCGGCCAGCGAAAGCCUCAUUCUACUUAAUGAUGAAGCUAAAGAAAAUUAA